AUGGCUCCGGAAACGAACGAAAAGUGUAAAGCAUGCGGAGGCUUCAACUUCUCAAUGAUCGACGGUUUCAAGUACUGCGAUCGGUGUGGAACGCUUCUGGAGAACUUCGAAGAGCUCGAAGCAGAAGAAGGUGGAAUUCAGCAGACUCGCGGUGCCGGAAAAAUUAAAAUUAAAAAAAAAGGAGGCGACGAUGGGGAGAAGAAAACGACGAAUUUGGUUUCAACGAAUGAGUCGAACGUUCAAAUUAUGCGAAAAGCACUGGAAAAACGCAGCGAUUUUUUCAGCCGACAAGCUUUGAAAAACGAUGAACUAGCCUUCCCCCAUGAAUCCACACCAGACUAUCUGUAUCGUCUAGGUCUUCGACUGGCUGCGUUCACUCAGGUUCUCGCAAAAGUCGGUCAUGUUCUAGUCAAAGAGCUCAAUUUCGAGCCACGCGUUCUUCCGACGAUUCUGGCCACUUUUCAACGAUACCUCGCACACUGCCACGUGGCAUUCUGUCACUCGGAGCAGUGUGGAAGCGAUGAGCAAUUGAGAUUCGUAGCGAUGAUGGAGAAUUUAGAAUUCGAACAACAGGAGCGCGAAGAAAAACGCCGAAAGAAGUUGGCGCGACGUGGCAAAGGUGUGAAGGCGUUGAGCAAAUCGGCGGCGGCAUGGACACUUCUAACACAGGGAAAUAUCACGGAAAAUCUGGAUUUGGAUUCAGAAGAGGACGAAGAAGAAGAAGAAAAUCCAAAUUUGAACAAAUCCAUGGAAAAUUUGGAAUUCGAAGAUACGCAAAACGACGAAACUGUAGCUGUUAAUGAUACUACAGUUGGAUUCGUUCGAAAAAUCACAACUGCACUAUCUACAGAAGCCCUCCGACGCGCUAGACAAAUGAUUCUGAAUCUGGAAAUCCUCGUGGCAAUUAUACACUCUGCUUUAAUGUCAUGCGGAUACCGAAACGUUCUGGCCUCAGACGUCGUUCGGUGGAUUCGUGAGGAUCGAUUUAGAAUCUCUCUCCGUUCGAUUCGUCUGAUGAGACAUAGUGCGAAGGAACAGGAGACGAAGGAGGCGAUGACAAAAGUCGACUACGCAGAGCCAUAUUUACGUUUUCCACUGUAUGAAAUCACCAGAACGUCUACAUUAUUUCAUCAGUCACUGAAUUUAAAUGAGAAAUUGGUUUCGUUGAAUUUUGAAACUUUGGCCGCUCGUCUCUGCGAUAACCUGAAUCUACCAGUUGAAUUCCUCUCUCGUGUGCUUCUUCUGGAAUCUAUGAUCCCCUGUGACGUCAAUCCAUCGCUUCGGAAACAAGCUGACGUCAGUAUGGGUCACAAUUGUGAGCAGUUGGCAGCGAUUCAGCCGAAAUUGUACAAUUCGGGCUUUUUGUCAUGCUUCGGAAGGAAAGAGCGGACGUGGAGAGAGGCGGAUAAUUGUGAUGAGUCAGUCAAACUCGCUCUAUUGAGAAUACAGUGCAUUUGCAGAGUUCUUCUCUCUCCUGACACCAAACUCAUGGCCUAUAUACUUCUAGUGUUUCGGCUCACUUUUGACAUAGAUAAUGCCACGUGCUCUCCGGAUUCAAAAGAUGCUCUGAAAUUCGACAUUGACACGUGGAUUCAUCAACUGGAAAUGCGGCUGAAAUGUUGGCAAGAGCAUGAUAUGAGCAUGGUUUUGAGGAGCUCUUGUCCAGUUCCAGACAUUCAAAUUAGCACUCCAUUCGGCCCUAACUAUUCCUACUACGACAAGAAGGGAAAUCCAUGGGUGCAUAGACUUCGUCGACAAGUUGGAUUCGCCAAAUGUAUUCCUUCUGAAAUGUCGUUCAAUUCCACGUCAUCACUUCCUACUGUAUUUGAUAUUCGGCAGAAUCGAUUUAAAACCGAACGACGACAAUUAGAAGCCGUCAUGUCGCCACUGAAAUUUCAACGAGUGAUUUUGAGGAAAGAGAUGGAAAGAGACCCAGAGAAAUAUAGAAAUAUUGUGGACCCAGAUUCUGAGAAAACGUUUUUCAAAGAUUUUACGGUAAGAAAAGUUUUAGAAAAUACCCAAAAAAUCGCGGAAACCUCCAAUUCGUUCGAUGAGUAUUUCCCCUGUGCAAGUCGGUAUACGAUCUACAAGCGACCAGAUUGGAUUCAGAAUUGCACUGCUAGGAGCAAACAGUUAUCACCGAAAAUCGGUCCGUACCGCUUCUACAUCAGCAAUCAAGCGUGCGACGAUCUUCUGGGUGUUGCCACGUCAUCAUUCUCUCCACGCUUCAAAUUCCUCCUCGAUUCCCUGGCUCUCAUCAUUGGUGAAGACCCAAAAGCCUUGUACACCGCCUUCGUAAUGCUUGAGAUGCAUCUAACGUCUUCUGACACCCUGGAAACGAUUCGAGAAUCAUUGCUCAGAUCAAAACCGAUUACUGUAAAGUGCCAAAAGUUUCGGAAAACCAUGUGGCAUGUCGAGUGUCUCCGAAGAGUGGUGACUGAGCAUCCAGUCGGGAAAAUUGAGGAUUUGAAAUAUUUUAUUGUUGCUAGCACGAGAGAAUCACAAGAAGAGCUCGCCGAGUCAUCUGAAGCCUAUCUAAUGCACUUUAGGAAUCACGAAAUUCGCGAAGAUUUGACAUCGUUGGAAGCCGAAAAAGUCCAGAAUCGUGUCCUGAAACUUGCCUACGAUUUUGAGACGUUUUUCGGGAUUUUGGCAGUGAAGAUGUGGUGA